AUGUCUACCAAUGUCGCGUAUGUAGCUCAAUUUAUUUCUGAAAACGUUACUAAAAAGCAGACAAAAGAUAAAAUACAAGAACUCGAAAACGUCACUAAAAAGCAGACAAUAGAUAAAAUACAAGAACUAAAAGCAGAAAAUGAAGAGUUAAAAAGAAAAAAAUUAAAAUUUGAAGCUGUACCGUUACAAAGCCGAAAUAGCAGAUCUGAAACAACAAAUAGUAUCCCAGCUGUAUCUAGCACAGACAACUACAACAGUUGA